AUGGCUGGCAAUUAUCAAAAUGAACUUUCCUCAAAUUUAAUGCGCAUGAAAUUUAUGCAACGUAACAAUAAGAGAUCAGAUAUUGCUGAAGAUACCAAUAAUACUUUAAAUACUUCCCAAAAUUAUGGUGCUUUUCAAAUAAGUAAAAAUAUAGUGAUGAUUCCUAGUUACGUUCCAUGUAAGCCAUUAUUUGAACUCGGUAGAAUGUCCUUUAGAAAUUUUAAUCCAGAAAUAGAGAAACUUUACAAUGAGCAAUACACAAUCUAUGAACAAAGUUUAGCUAAAAAUUCUGAAAAUACAACAACAACAACAACAGAAACAGAUUUAAGUGCAGAAAAGGAUAUUUCAGAUGAAGAAUUGGCUAGAAGAUAUAAUACUUUAGUCGAUAGUAUUGGUAAGAAACUAAAAAAGAAGAGAUCUAGCAGCCAUAUGAAUCAGGCAUCCCCGAUGCAAUCUAGUACUUCUUUCCAGCCGUUUAAGAAAAAGAAAAAAUUCUUAAAGCCUAACGUAUAA